AUGGAAAAACAUAAUGUUACUGAAUUUGUUUUGAUGGGACUUUUUGGAAAUAAGCAAACAGAACUAGUGUUUCUGUUCUUGUUCCUGCUCUGCUACCUGACACUCAUAAUGGGAAACUCUGUCAUCAUCCUCACUGUCACCUGCAGUCAUCUGAUAGAGCAACCAAUGUACUACUUUCUCUGCCACCUUUCCCUCAUGGACCUCUGCUACACCUCCACUGUGGCUCCCCGACUUAUCAGCGACUUGGUUGCAACCAGAAGAGACAUUUCCUACAACAACUGCAUGACGCAGCUCUUCACUGGCCACUGGUUGGCGGGUGUGGAAAUAUUCAUCUUGGUGGCCAUGGCCUUUGACCGUUAUGUGGCCAUUGUCAAGCCACUGCAUUACAUGGUGAUCAUGAACCGGAAGAGGUGUAACUUGCUCAUCGCCAUGGCCUGGGGUCUUGGUUUGGGGCAUUCUCUUGCAUUACUGCUCAUGGUACUGAAUUUACCAUUCUGUGGUCCCAACGUGAUAAACCAUUACAUGUGUGAUGUCAAGCCUCUUUUGAAACUUGUUUGCAAAGAUAUCCAUGUGGUUAGCAUCUUAGCGAUUGUCAAUUCGGGGACAGUAUUAGUUGUAAUUUUUACUGUGCUGUUAACUUCAUACAUACUCAUUUUAUGUCAUCUUAGGACAAGAUCCUCUGCAGGGCGGCACAAAGCUCUCUCUACCUGUAGCUCUCACAUAAUGGUGGUUGUUCUAUUUUUUGUGCCUUGCAUUUAUACCUAUAGCCUACCUGUGGAAAGUGCUAAUGAGGAUAAACAAAUCUCUGUGUUCUACACAAUGAUAACUCCCAUGCUAAAUCCUCUCAUAUAUACUCUGAGAAACAUGGAGAUGAAAAUGGCUAUGCGGAAGAUAUGGUGUCAAAUGUCUCAUUCUGAAUUAAUGUAA